AUGGAAUCCAAAACGAGGCUGCAAAAGGCCUGUGAUGCCUGCAGUCUUCGCAAAGUGAAGUGCGACACUAGUGGCCCGCCAUGUCGGUCGUGUGCUAGCUUGGAUAUCCCAUGUACGUAUGAAAGACCAAGCAGGCGUCGCGGACCACCAAACCGCCAUGCCGAGGCACUGAAGAGGCAGAAGCUCGAGGCUCCUGAUGCUUCACCAGCUAGUCUGCCUGAUUAUCCUGCUGCAAGCACUCCGCAAGCUCCAAUUGUAACCAACGUCUUCCCCCCAAACUCGAACUCCGCAGAAGCAAUUUGCUCGCUGCACACUGUGCAGCUUUUGGUUGACGACUUCUUCACCUAUAUUCACCCAUUGGUACCAGUUCCACAUGAACCUACUUUUCGAGCUGCAUUCGAGCGUCGGGAAGAUAUGACAAGUGGUACAUUUUUAGCCCUCUUAGCGUCUAUGAUUGGGUUUCUUGUUGCGUCUUUCCCCCGACGACCAAAACUGCGCCUCAACACCGAGGCGGAGCGAUCUGCAUUCCCAAAUUCCAUCGCUCUGGUCAAACGGUGCCACGCUGUGGCCAUCCAAGCUCGAGGCACCGGGUACCUCGAUCGUAAUGCAAUGGUAUAUGAUGCGGCCAUCAGUUAUUUCUUAGGUGUUUGUGCUGCCUAUGCUUCCAAUAUGCGUCAAUGUGGUGUGUAUCUGUCCGAAUGCCGCGCUAUGAUCCAGGUGUACGAUCUUUGCCGCUCUCCCAAAAAAGUCCCCUCUAAAAAUGCGCUGGACAUCAUGAGUCCGAUAUCAGCUGCCUCGCCAGUGUCACAUGAACAGUGCUAUCAAAGCCUCACGGAAAGCAACACUGUGGAUCUCAUAACCCAAGAGCUUGCGCGCCGACUGUUCUAUGUCUCGUUGGUCGGCUACCAAUCCCUUUAUCAAUUGGGGUCUGCCGAUGUCAAGAUUUACAUACCACCCGAAACACCAACUGAGCGCUACCCGCCGAUGCCGCUUGAGAUUGACGACGAGUUUCUUUUUCCAAGUUACGUAAACACCCAGCCUGCCGGACGAGUAUCACAGAUCGUAGGCUUCAAUGCCAACGUCCGAAUUUAUAAAUCUUAUAACGCUCUCCUGGCGGGCGAGAUUGCAUUUGGUAGUGGGCGGAUCUUCAACUGGGAACAUCAGCGCUCUACACUUUGGGACUGUUUACAAAAUGCCAAAUCUGCGCUUUUGAAUGUCUCUGUUGAGUUAUCUCUCUUUCAUCCUAAGAAACCUCCGCCUGGGCAUGGCGAAGAUGGCUCGUUAUUCACAUAUGCGGACGAUCAUAUUGAUCAAGAAAAACGAGCUAUUCAGUACGAAAUCCAGAAAGCGAACAUUUACGCCAGUCAGCUGUGUACUCGUUCAUUCCUAGUUGAGAAAUAUUGGAGUCUGUUUGAAUCGUUCACCAAGUACGAAAACCCUGCCAAUCCUACUCCUGGCGAUCAACCUAAGACUGAAAGACUAUCCGAAUCAAACUCUACAAUAACCACAGAUAUGUCGUCGCAAAUUCUAGCCCAUGUACAAACAGACUAUAUUGGUCGUAUGAUGGCCGAAGAGCGAAAGCUGGUAAUCAAAGACCUAUUCGUGCUCCUACAGACCGUCAACGAAGUAAACAUGGAACCAAACGGCGCCAGCAUUACUUCCAAGAUCCGUCUGGUUGCAUCCACUCUGCUCAACUUGCCAUACCUCCCAACACCAUCAUCCAACUCAGUUGAAUUACCACCCUCUCAUUUGACGUCCGAGCCCAUUUCUACAGAUUCAUCCGGUCUGCACGCCCUUACUGCUGCAGAGGCAGAAUCUUACCUUCACGCCUUCAUUGACACGCUUGUCCAUCUCGAAGGCCAUUCUCUCACAAUCACCGAGCCUGGGAGUAUCGCUGAUAGUACAACCUCCGGGAAAUGGCGAGCUACGAGUUAUUUGAGUGACUACGAACGAGAUCAAGAGGAACUUAGCCAGUGGGCUAGCUUGAAAGAAUAUCAGCAGAAAUUCGCUGAAGCAGGUGGCGUGUUGUCUGAACUUUAG